AUGACUAAAAUAGAACAUAUUCCUGUGUCGGAUUCUGAUUUAGAAUCUUCUAAACAUGUCCCAAUAAAUGGACAUCGUCUUAAAAGUCCUACUUCAGCAACAUACAAAAAAAUUAAUUUUGACAAUGGUGCCAUUUCAUAUGUUUUAAAUGAUGAGGAUAAUGAAUCUAAUAUUAUUAAUUAUGGAAAUGUUUCAAAAAAUGAUUCUAAUGACUAUUUUGUAGCUUACGUAAAUAAAAGAACUAAAGAUGUUUUAUAUAAGCCAGUUUCUCUUGUUAAAUUGCAGUCACGAUUAGUCAAAAAUAAAAAUAAAUUUUUUAGUGGAAAAAUUUUGAAAGAAAAUACCAAAGCUGACUAUAAAAAUAGUAGUGGAUUUAAGAAAGAGCAAUUUUUAGAAAAAAGAAAUGCUUUGACAACAGAUUUUGGUUCAAUCAAAAAGAGAAAGAUGUUAGAUGAUGUUGUUAGGCGUAAUGUUGAUCAAGAUACAAUGACUGCAUUAGCGGAUACUGCAUUCGCUUCAACUACAAAUGUUGAUGAAAAACCAAAUCUUAAUCAAUCUGGAAUUGAAGCAUUAAAUGCAAUUGGUGGAACAAUACAAGGUGAUGUUUUACCUAAAUAUAAUCCAAAUGGAAAGAAACCAUUAGAAAUAUGGCCUAUUGAACAAUUUAUUGAUGAUUCUACAUAUGAUUUGGUAUCUGAAAACUGUUUAGAAUUUUUCCAAAAUAAAAGUUGCAAUGAUUUAGAAAACUUAGGUUUCCCUAAACUUAUUAUUGAUUUAGUUCAACAGAAUGUUAAGUGUGAAGGCGCUACAAAAACACUUUAUCUUCUUAUGAAACUACACUAUAUGGUAUCAUUAUAUGUAAUUUGUAAAGGUGCAAAAACUGUUGAUCCUAAAAAAGUUUCUUGUUCAGGUGUUCCUGAAAUAUUGGUAAAUCAAGUUAACUCAGAGUUUCUAGAUGUUAGUAAGAUGAGUAAAUUUGGAAACAUACCACAUGAUACCACAACAAAAGACAAAAUUGCUUCACGUAUUAUAAUUCUUUAUAUGAUUCUUAAUGCACCAUCACAUUCAAUUUAUAUCAACAUUGCUUCUAAACAAUUUCAUAUUAGUGAACAACAAAUGAUUAAAUAUCUUAAUAAACUUGGAUGUGUUAUUAAUAAAGCUACUAGUGAUGAACAACUUAAUUAUGGAGCUAUAAGAGUUGGAGUAUUAAAAAAUCCUCCUGGAUCAAGAAUCUUUUCGUCAAAAAGGAAACGUUGA